CUCUAGGUCUGUUAGGGUACUGCAUUUCUUCAACAUGCGGGUUGUACCCGAUACUACCUUCAACCAUCACUUUUGACAGGUACUGGAAAUUCAUUGUAUAUUCGUCAGCAUGAAAAACUUGGUUGUUCAACGUCAACGCUUCUUGCAAAGCAUUCAUAAGCCUACUUAUCUCCAAAGACCUGGUAGCGCUCUCAUGGUUUAUCCUUACUACGCUGCCAUGGGUGGAAUUACUUUGCUUUCUGUUUAUUUUACAGGAAAGCUUCUUAUGGCUAAAAAGGAUUGAACCUUUUCCACUUACGAUACAACUUUGCACGAUCAUUUUCGUUGUUUCUUUCUUUUGAUGCUCUUCUCCUCUUUCUAAUUAAGCAAAUGUUCUUUUUUAUUAGCUACAUUUUGUUUAAUUUCUAGCAAUCAAUACGGUUUUCACCUUUUAGUCAUAUCCA